CUUUUCCUUGGUUUUAGUUUUAACAAUUCCUUUUCCUCCUGUAGAUGAACAAAAAUGGCUCAGAUGCUCCCCUGCUAUUUGCACAUUGCUAAGGGUAUCAGCACAGAAUCUCCGUAUACAUGUAAAGGAAUCAGAUUUAGUCCUGUAAGGAAAAUUAGUUGGCAGAAAAGAUCUGUGCUUAGUAACAAGGGAUGCGUUGUACAGUGCUGUAGUAGCGUUUCUUCAACCUCAGCUUCAUCAGCUGCGAAGCAAUUCUUGGUCGAGGACAGAACGACUUUUCAAGAUAGAGAAGAGCAGUUGGAGAAUUUGGUGAGUGAGCAUGGUUGGAGAGUGAGGAGGUUGGUUAAUGAUGAAUAUGAGAUGAGAGAAGUAGCUCAAAUUCAAGCUGAAGCUUUCCACACUCCCAUGGCUCUCUUUGAUGAUUUAUUCUUCCAAUUCUUUAAGGCUGAAGUGCUUGCUGGGCUGCUUUACAAACUUAGGAACUCACCUUCAGACAGAUAUGCAUGUUUGGUAGCUGAGCCUGCAGCUGAUUCCUCCAAGUCUUCAAGGCAAAAUCUUGUUGGCAUUGUGGAUGUAACAGCUUCCAGAGAUGAAUCAGUCAUGCAACAUCUCAGGGGAGCAGAAGAGUACCUUUAUGUUUCAGGGAUUGCUGUUUCUAAGACUUUCAGGAGGCAGAAGGUAGGGAGUGUCCUGCUAAAAGCCUGCGAUGUGCUUUCCAAUUUAUGGGGUUUCAAGUAUCUCGUACUCCGAGCUUAUGAAGAUGAUGUGGGUGCUCGUAGAUUGUAUACAAAAGCAGGUUACAGAGUCGUCUCAAGUGAUCCUCAAUGGAUGACUUGGAUCGGAAGAAAGCGACGCGUUCUUAUGAUCAAAGAGUCCAACUUGCUUCGUUGACAUUACAUUUCUUGAAUCACAUUUGUAAUCUGGGCCUGCAAAUAAAAAGUUCUGAUUUGUAUAGCAUGUAAAUUGUUUACCGUAAUCGUUUCUUUGAAGUUCAAAUGCUAGAACAUUAAGCAUGUAAUUCAAUGUAAAUGCAGCAAGGCAACUUCACAAGUCUUCAA